AACAGAUGCAGGCGGUCUCUGCAAGAAAGAGAGAGAGAGAGACAGGGACUGAAGGGAGAGAGAGAGGGGGGAGAGAGAGGAAAAGAGAAAGAGAGAGAGGAAAAGAGAGAGAGGGAGAAAGGAAGGGAGGAAAGGAGAAAGACAGUGAGAGAGAGAGAGGAAAAGAAAGGGAGUGAGUGAGAGAAAGAGAGAGGGUUAGUGAAGGAGAGAGAGAGAGAGACGGAGAAAGACAGACAAGGGAGAAAGAGCAAAAGAGAGAGAGAGGGAGACCUUUUGCAGUCAGAGCUGCAAACCCUGAAAGGAGCCGUAUGUCUGGCUCUCACCAUCAAACUAGGUCAAAGAAAGGCACAUUUCUGGGAGUUAGAGGAGGGCUUGCGCUCUGUUGACACCCGUUCAUCCAUUUGUAAUGUGUUUGUCUUUGUUUCUUUGGUGGACGCGAAUGUGAAUAGCUAUCUUGAUGAGAGAAAAAAAAAGAGGUAACUAGCUGUGUCGUGGAAGGCAAUGUAAACAGGACGGCGGGGUUUAAUCUUUUUUUUUCUUUCUGAGUCCUGAGUGAGACUGCUUUGGAGAAGUGGUGUGGUGUGGUGUGGUGGGAGCCGAAUCUUCCACAGCCUGCCUGCCUGGGAGUUCUUCUGGCGAUUCUGAACCCUGUUGAAGUUUCCAGACGGUUCCUGCAGCCAGCAGGAAGACAUUCAACUCACAGAGAGAGAGUCACAGAGAUCCUUUUUGGUGGCCCUCAAGAGCGGUUUUGAACUUCAUGUUACAGGAUAAUCCAUUAUCCGUCAUCAUUGCACCAUGAGGAGUUGCUGGAACAAGGCGUUUGGGAUUUUGCUAGCAGCGCUCCUCCAGCUCUCUCCAGGUGGCCAGGCUCUGGAGAUCACGCCCAACAGCGGCGAGGUGACCCUGGCUGCCAACUCCUCCCUGACGGUGGUGUGCUCCGGCUGGAGCGACGUGACCUGGAAGACCCCGGACUCUAGCCCGGAGGUGAAGGAGGGGGUGGAGGUGUUUGACCAGGGCACCACCAGCACGCUGGAGCUCAGCAACGUCACCUGGAGCCACACGGGCCUGUAUGUGUGUGAGGAGCCGGACGCCCGAGAGAUCAAGGAGAUCUCCGUGUUUGUGCCAGACCCGGAGGUAUGGUUCGUCAACACCAUGUCGUCGGUGGUGACGAAGGUGGGUGCGGAGGGUACCAUCCCGUGCGUGGUGACGGACCCGCGCAUCAACGUGACGCUGUACGAGAAGGGCCAGCAGACUCCGGUGCAGGGCCACUACCGGCCCAGUGAAGGCUUCACCGCGGCCCUCAACGACAGCUCCUACCUCUGCAAGGGCACCCUGGACGGGGAGGAGAGGGAGUCGCGCGUCUUCUACGUCUUCACCAUUGUUGUUCCAGUUCCACAAAGCAUGGAAGCAUUCAUCAAUGCCUCCAAGACAGUGGUGAAGGAAGGCGAGCCCUUGACCGUCAACUGCACAGUAAAAGGAGCAGAGCUUGUUUCUUUUCAGUGGCAGUACCCCAGAGAGGAGAAAAACCUCGAGCCGGUGACGGACUUCCUGUCCAGACUGUCGGUGCGCUCGUGCCUGAACAUCACCAACGCCACACUGCAGGACUCGGGGAGCUACGUGUGCAGUGUGCAGGACACCGUGGAGGGCCACAUGGCAGAAGACAACAUCACCAUCACCGUCAUCAAGAGAGGCUAUGUGCUCCUGGACACGGGUCCCCAUGUGAGUGUCUCUGUCCAGCUGAACGAGAAUGUGGAGCUGUUCCUGCCGUUCGAGGCCUACCCCACACCCCAGGUGCACUGGACCAAAGACAACCAGACCCUCAGGGGCGAGUCUGUCUCUGUGGACACCAAAAGAGUCAUCGGCUCCACCACCAGGUAUGAGAGUAUACUGACUUUAGUGAGGGUCAGGAUGGAGCAGAAUGGACGCUAUAAAGUCCGGGUUGCCAAUGACGAUGACGCCAAGGAAGUGACAUUCGAGGUGACGGUUAAAGCUCCUCCUCAGAUCACUGAGCUGUCUGACAUCCACAUGGAUAAGGGCCACGGGGUGCUGUGCUCAGCCGAGGGGGUCCCCACCCCCACCAUCCACUGGUACAGCUGCCACGUCUCACAGAGAUGCAGCAAUAAGACGACCCCUUGGAAGUUAUUGGGUAACGACCCAGAGAUGGUGACAAUUCAGACAAACGUGACGGAGGCCAGCCCCGGCAAGAGCGGCGUGCGCAGCGUGGUGACCUUUCAGGACAUGGGUGACAUCACGUCAGUGCGGUGCGAGGCCCGCAACGAGAGAGGCCGCCGCCACUGGGACAUCAAACUAGUCUCCAACUCUCUGACAUCCCAAGUAGCGGUGAUGGCGGCGGUGCUGGCCUUGGUGGUCAUAGCGGUUAUCUUCCUCAUCAUCCUCAUCGCUGUCUGGAGGAAGAAACCUCGCUAUGAGAUCCGCUGGAAGGUGAUUGAGUCUGUGAGCUCGGACGGUCAUGAGUACACGUACAUGGACCCCAUGGCCUUGCCCUAUGACUCCGUGUGGGAGGUGCCUCGUGACAGCCUGGUUUUGGGCCACACACUGGGCUCCGGUGCCUUUGGGCGGGUCGUGGAGGCCACUGCCUACGGCCUGGGCCACUCCCAGACCACCACCAAAGUGGCCGUGAAGAUGCUGAAGUCUACGGCAAGGAGAAGUGAGACUCAGGCCCUGAUCUCUGAACUCAAGAUCAUGAGUCAUCUGGGGCCCCAUCUGAACAUCGUCAACCUGCUGGGGGCCUGCACCAAACGAGGUCCCAUCUACCUCAUCACUGAGUACUGUCGCUAUGGUGAUCUGGUGGACUACCUUCACCGUAACAAGCACACCUUCCUGCAGUACUACACCGACAAGAACCGCCGCGACACCGAGAUGUGCCGUGACAACACAGACAGCACGACCAACACUCAGGGCAAAAGUGAGUCUGAUGGUGGAUACAUGGACAUGACCAAGGAGGACUCCCUGGAGUAUGUGCCGAUGCAAGAGCUCAAUGACAAUGGUGACAAUAUCAAAUACGCCGACAUUGAACCCACCACACUCUAUGAGACACUCUACCAACAAGAGAAUUACCAGGGACAAGGCCAAGAGAGAUGCCUUGCCAUAAGCGACUCCCCUAUUCUCAGCUACACAGACCUGGUGGGCUUUGGAUACCAAGUGGCCAAGGGAAUGGAGUUCCUGGCAUCCAAAAAUUGUGUGCACCGUGACCUCGCUGCCAGGAAUGUGCUCAUCUGCGAGGGGAAGUUGGUGAAGAUCUGCGACUUCGGCCUGGCCAGAGACGUCAUGAACGACUCCAACUACAUCUCCAAAGGCAACACGUUCCUGCCUCUCAAGUGGAUGGCCCCGGAGAGUAUUUUCCAGAACCUGUACACCGCAAUGAGCGACGUCUGGUCCUUCGGCAUCCUGCUGUGGGAAAUUUUCACUUUAGGAGGGACACCCUACCCUGACAUCCCUAUGAAUGAGCAGUUCUACAACGCCUUAAAGAGAGGCUACAGAAUGACCCGACCAACACAUGCCACUGAUGAAAUAUAUGAGAUUAUGAGCAAGUGCUGGAAUGAGAAGUUUGAGAAGAGACCCCCGUUCUCCCUUCUGACACACUCCAUGGGAAACCUGCUAUCUGAUGGAUACAAAAAGAGGUACCACGUGCUGAACGAGAGCUUCCUGAAGAGCGACCACCCUGCCGUGGUGCGCAGUAGACCUGUGCAGCCCGGCGCCAACACAGCCGAUGGAGACAUCGCAAGGCCUGCAGGAGAACACAGCGAGGACGACGAGGCCCAGGUUGGAAAUAACACCUUCAGCGAGUACAUCGUCCCCAUACCCGACAUCAACACCGAUGGGGCUCUUGAACUGGAGGACACGGCCACUCAAAGCACCUCAAGUCCUCAGACCCCUGAGGACAACAUGAGCGCAGCAUCUGUGGGUUUAACGGAGGCCAUCAUUGUAGAGGUGUGUCCAGCCCCAGAGGAGCGAGCAGACCAUCCUGAACGUGAUGACAACAACGACGAUGAUGAUGGUGGUGGUGGUGGUGGUGGUGGUGAUGAUGAAGAUGCACCCCCUAUUUUGGAGGAGCAGCAGCCAGUUCCACCACCUCAACAAGGAGAACCAGAUGAAGUUUCACUUCAAGAUGAAGUUUCACAUCAAGAUGAAGAACGUGCAGAGGAACCCAGCCUUCUAGACGAGCUACGCUUGGAGGACGUGUGCCCUCCUGAUGCUGUAGAGGAGGCUACUGGUGGACCAGAGGAGGAGACGCAGGAGAGGGAGACCUCCUCCACUCCUGAAGUUGAGGAAAGUUUUCUGUAA